UAGUCAACAAACAAAAUGGCGUCUAUCGGAUAAACGUAUCGCUCGGCAGAAUCUAAAUGGUCGGUAAAACGAACAGUAAGUUUAUGGCACACCCACCUAACAUCUGAUUAUUUCAAGUCUCUAUGACCACGGGACCCAGUAGAGGUGCUAAGGUGCAAUAGCGCAAGCAACACAGCCAUAGUGGCAUAUUUAUAUUAUCAUCGACCCCUGUUUGUUGUUUAUUGGUAGACCUACAUUUACAUGUACUUGUAUUUGCCUAUCUGUUAUAUAACACGGCUGCACGCCGCCAGUUAAUGACAGUUAACAUUGCAUUAAAUCGAAUCACAUGACACUAUACAACACGCUAGCACGCCGCUGGUUCAAUUCAGUUGGAAUUUAUAGCUGAAGUGGAAGCUUGUUCAAAAUGUGGCUUUGUAUCAUAACCCUAAUAGUCGGUUACUGGACUGUAAAAUGGUUCUUGGAGAGGUUAAAGGUAGAGCAUUAUGGUGAAAAGUACGUCUUUAUAACUGGAUGUGAUACAGGUUUUGGAAAUAUUUUAGCAAAAAGAUUAGAUGGUUUAGGAUUCCAUGUUAUUGCUGCAUGUCUAAAACAAGAUGGUGCAGAUGAAUUGAAAAAGACGUCAUCGGAACGUCUUCAGACACUUCAAUUAGAUAUUACGUCUGAAGAUGAUAUCAAGUCUGCACUCACCAAGGUGAAUUCAAUUUUACCUCCCAGUAAAGGUCUAUGGGCCGUUGUAAAUAAUGCCGGUAUAAUGGGUGCAUUUGGACCUUCAGAAUGUUUAAACAGAAAAGACUACAUGGAGGCAAUGGAUGUUAAUGUCUACGGUUUAAUUGACGUCACUAAAAUGUUUAUACCACUGGUCAGAAGGGAAAGGGGAAGGAUAGUAAAUAUGGCCAGUGUUGCUGGUCGUUUAUCGGGUGGGUUUCCUAUAUACUGCGUCACCAAAUAUGGAGUUGAAGCCUUCUCCGAUAGCUUAAGACGCGAGGUAUACUGCCAGGGCAUUAAAGUGAUCAUCUUGGAACCCGGAGCCUUUAUAACAAAUAUAACGAAUCCCACGUUAAUCAAGGAAAACUAUCAGAGAACGUUCAAGCAAGGGGAUGCUGCAUGUCAACAGUAUUAUGGCGAGGAUUUUAUCAAUAAACGCAUCAACAACCACCUGAAGGUUUUGGAUUUUCCAGGGAAUAUCGAUGCGGUGAUUGAUGCCUACGAACACGCCAUAACUGCCAGAUAUCCGAAAUAUAGAUAUCUUUGCGGGAACGAUGCCAAAUACUUCUACAGAUUUUUAUGGACUGUUCCAGAAUGGAUGUCUGAUUUUAUUUUGUGCUACAGUUCUCCUCGGCCUGCAGGAAUCAAAUAAGCGUUACUUCAGCUGCGCCCGUUGCGUCAGCCUUCAAUCGCUCUACUGUGUCAUUUAUGAAGAUCAUCGCGAAAUCUUAUAUGUUGUCAGCUAAUACCAGUGCCAGUGAUGAAGAACCAUUAUCUAAGUAUUUAAGACAAGAAAGGGGGGUUGGGUGGCCGAAUGGUUAGCACGUUCGCGCUGUAUCAUAAGGUCUAUCAUUGAGUCAUUUGGCGUGGUUUUGAUUCCCAAAUUGUACGUGACAAGGAGUAGGGUAGUGGUUUCGAUUCCCAGGUUGUACGUGACCGGAAGUAGGGUCGCCUGUCCAACCUUCGUGGGUUUUCUCCGGGUCCUCCGGUUUCCGUCCUCUGCUAAAGACCCCUACGCGCUUGCGAAUUAUUGAACCAUGUGUUAGUCCCGAAAUGACCUAGUUUGUGUUGAAUGGACGUUAAUCUCUCUCUCUCUCCAUUUGACUUUAAACGUCUAGACGCACAAUGGAUAUUUUGUUCUAAAAGGUUGGUAAACCCAGGUGUGUUAAUCAUAUUUAUAUUUUAUGUUGCUAUGUUUAUAGUUGUAUGUCUUCUACUAUUCAUUCUAAUGCUUGUAAUAAAGAAUUGAAAACCGCA